AUGCUACCAUUUAAAGAGACAAGGGCUAGUCUUUUUCAUGAAAACAGCACCAAAAAUGAAGGAAAUCCUCCCAAAGCUGAAGGCAAAGCAAAGGCUUUGAAGGCAAGAGAAGCAGUGCUGAAAGGCAUCCACAGCCACAAGAAAGAAGACCUGCACACCCACCUGCUGACGCUGAACACACUGUGGCUCCAAAAACAGCCUAAGUAUUCUCAGACCAGCGCCCCCAGGAGAAACAAACUUGACCACUACACCAUCGUCAAGUUCCCCCUGACUAUGGAGUCAGCCACCAAGAGGACAGAAGACAACAACCCACCUGUGUUCAUGGUGGAGGUCAAGGCCAAGGAGCACCAGAUCAAACAGGCUGGGAAGAAGCUCUGUCACACUGAUGUGGCCAAGUCCACACCCUGA